AUUUCCGCCCCCCAACGGCCCUGGUGGCAGCUGUCACCUGUAAGGCGAGCACCGAACGCGGGGGAUGGAGCCCAGCGCCCAUUGGACAGAAUAUAAAGACAGAAACCUACCCCCAAGAAAGGGGGCCGGGCAGCGCGGCGGCGGUGGGCGCGCGCCGCGGCCCCCAGCGCUUUCCUCCCGGAAACACCCCGGCCCUGCGGCGCGGGCGUGACCGAAGUCCAGCUUCAGGGACACGCCCGUCUGUCCUCGGUGGAAACUACCAGGUGAGCCUGGCCGAGGCUGAUGUGAUUCCGGGAACCUCCGCCCCGGUGGGUCCCAGCGGGCGCCGCGACGCCACCUGCCCCAGCAGCUGGGAACCGAGGGCCGGUCGGAGGUGGGGGCCGGCUCCCCUGCGGGACAGGGACUGACCAUGGCGCUCGCCGCGGCCGCCGCUGCGGCGAGCCAGGCGGCGGUGCUGGGCUUCCUGCAGGAAAACGGCGGAAAGGUGCGCAGCUCGGAGCUGGUGAGCCGCUUCAAGCCGCUGCUGGAUGCAGGCGACCCGCGCGGCCGCGCAGCCCGCAGGGACCGCUUCAAGCAGUUCGUCAACAACGUGGCGGUGGUGAAGGAGCUCGACGGCGUCAAGUUCGUGGUGCUGAGGAAGAAGCCGCGGCCCCAAGAAGGACCAGAGCCCCUCCCCUCCUGCGUCCCCAGCACCCCUGAGGCACCAUCCUCACCAUCGAAGAUCACUUCAGUCUCACACGGGGAAAACGCUGCUUCGGGGGCUCCAUCCUUGGCCUCGGUGCAGUCGUCAGUGGAAGCACCUGAGGACCCGGCCCCGCCGUCAGAGCCACAGAACACCCCCGGGGCUCCGGCCUCUGAGCCCACUCAACCCACUGGGGAGCCGUUGAUAGGCCCGGCGCAGAAGUCAGGGGGCGCCUCCGAUUCCAGGCUUCCAGCCUUUGAGCUAGCCCAGCCCUCCGAGGGCCUCUCUGCAGACGUGGCCCCACCUAGGGCGCCGUCGGAGGCCGCCUUGCCCGGCGCAGGGCCGCCAAAUCCGGAAUCCGGGCCUGGGGCGACGACAGGGCCGCCACCACCCCCUAGGCGCGCGCCUCCGCAGAAGCCCUGCAUGCUGCCCGUGCGCUGCGUCCCUGGCCCCCCGGUGUUUCGGAUCCGGGCGGAGGAGCAGGGCCUGCGCCGGCAGCUGUCAGAGGAGCCGAGCCCGCGGGUCUCCCCGCUGCUGCCGCGGCUGAUCUCGGUAGAGGAGUCUGCCUUGGGCCUCAGCCUGGGCCCCUCCCCGCAUCUGAGACGCCUGUCGCGCGCCGGCCCGCGCCUGCUGAGCCCCGAUACCGAGGAGGUGCCCCCCGCGCCGCCGCCGUCCCCGGUGCCCCUGGAGCCGACCGAGCACGAGUGGCUAGUGCGGGCAGCCUGUGGCCGCUGGACCCACCAGCUGCACGGGCUGCUGCUGCGCGACUGCGGCCUGGCGGCCAAGUGCGACUUCAUGUCUGGUUUCACGGCCCUGCAUUGGGCCGCCAAGAGCGGCGACCGCGAGAUGGUGCUGCAGCUGGUGGAAGUUGCGCGGCGUGGGGGCGCGCCAGUCGACGUGAACGCGCGCUCACACGGCGGCUAUACGCCCCUGCACCUGGCCUCUCUGCACCGCCACGAGGAUGUCGCCAUGCUGCUGGUAGGCCUGGGUGCACACGUACACGUGCGCGACCACAGUGGGCGGCGCGCCUACCAGUACCUGUCGCCCGGCGCCUCGUAUGCAGUGCGCCGUGUACUCGGCGACCCCCGCCUGCAAAGCUCUAUGGAACUGUAUGCGAUCGGUGGUGGUAGUGGCAGUCACGCGGCCCGGAGCCCAGUGCAGGUGGCCGCCACCAUCCUCAGUUCCACCACCAGCGCGUUCCUGGGUGUUCUGGCCGACGACCUGCUGCUCCAGGACCUGGCACGAGGCUUCAAGAAGUCGGGCUCCUUCAGCAGGUUCUUGGGUGCGUCGCCCAUUGUUCCUCGUAAAAAGACGAAGAUUCGAAGUGGCCUGCCAGCCUUUUCAGAAAUCUCUCAUCGAUCCACUUUGGGGCCUUUCGCUGGUCUAAUGCCCAGUUUGCCCUUACAAACUGACAGUCCCUGAGGCUACGGCUUGGUUGAGGCUACCGAGCCUGCAACUCACAGUCUAAGCCUACCCAACACUUGGCGGCCCAACACCUUCAGCUCCAUCCAGUUUCCAACUUUGUCCAUUGCAGCCUGUUUUACCCUGGUGGGCCUAUGCCUCCAGCUUCUGUUUGAAGCUUGACUUGUCUCCAGAGAUGGGAUUCAAGAUCUCACUGAGAGCCUUCUAUGAAGAACUCCAGAAGUCAGGCUUGAACUUUGGAGAAGACUUGAAAUUUAGGAUCAAAGGUUAAGGGGCGGCAGCUGGUCUGGUCCCUGAAUGAGUUAACCCAGUGCCUCUGCAUCUAUACACUCCCAAGCCAGAACUAGUUGCAAGGAUCUCUUUACUUGUGUGAUGUUGGAUGGUUGUCAGCUUUAAGAUACCAGUGGUGGUUUUAUAAUUUGAUGCUUUUAUCCUGUUUUUAAAUUGAAAUGAGGUAAAACAACUUUCAUAGUAACCUUUUGAAAUUAUAUUUUUCAAUUUUUAGGGAAAAUGUUCAGACAUUUUCAAUCUUUUGCUAAAUAUUUUGGAAUUCUAUUUUAAAAAAAUAAAAUGAUCAAGAUCUAAAGGAAGUUAAUCCCAACCAACAAAACCCUUAAAUAUCUAUCUACCUCAUUUUAGGCAAUGAAGAUUCUAGAGUCUUGAAGGCAGAAUAUAACCAUUGUGAAUGUAAUUUCAGGUGUACUGUGAAUGCUAGAUAUUAGGAAACAAGUGCAUCUUGGGAGUAAAGAUGAUAUAACAAUAAGAGAAGAGACAUUUGGGCAAAUACUUUUAAUUCGUGGUUGUCUUUAUGGUGAAAUGUAAACGUGUCUCUGGCACUGGUGGGUGGCUAUUUUGAUUUGGCAUGAAUAUUUAACUUUUUAAAAUGUGAUUUAUUUGUGAAUUGCAUUGUUGUGCCAUGUUUCCGAAUCUGUGGUUUUCAAAUCUGGCUGAGCCUUUCAGUGCAGUAGGUGAAUAUGCAAAGUUGGGCUGCCAUUCCAAAAAAAUGUCAUAACUUUACACCAGAAAAAUAAUUGGUUAAAUUCUAAUGAAUAUAAUUAAGGACCAACUAUUUUAUAUGGAAGUUCUGUACAAACAGAAAGUACUGAUAUCCAUUUUUAAAAGCCUUUGGAAAGCAAACAACUUAUUCCAAAACAGCAAAUGCAGAAUCUCUUUGCUCAUUGACUUUAGAGGGGUGACUUAACAUCUCUGGACCUUUGCUCCUAUCUGUAAUUGAGAAGGUUUGUAGGUAUUGCCAAGAUUUCCCAGGUUCAACACAGUGUAAUUACAGUGACUCUUUUUCUGUUUUAAAGAUGUGGAAUCUAUUUGCUCAAACAACCUUUUUUAUAUCAUAUGGUGGUAAUGCUCUGCUUUUGCAAAUUGUGUUUGCAUGUCAUUAGUUAUAUCAAAUAACAUAUGGGCUCCCUUCCCAAAUAGGUAUCAGUGAAGCCUCUGAAAUUAUUUAAGGCAGUCCUUAAUGGAAUGUUUUGAUUUAAGCAAUGAAAUAAAGUCUCCCAUUUUGUU